AUGGCUUAUACCGACUUGGACACCAAAUGUAUCAACACCAUCCGUGUUUUGGCUGUUGAUGCCACUUCGGCGGCCAACAGUGGCCAUCCCGGUGCCCCCAUGGGUAUGGCCCCCGCCGCCCAUGUUCUCUUCCAGAAGGCUAUGACCUUCAACCCAAAGAAUCCAAAGUUCUUGAACCGUGACCGUUUUGUUCUCUCAAACGGACACGGCUGCAUGCUGCACUAUGCCCUGCUCCACCUCUACGGAUACGAUCUUUCCAUUGACGACCUCAAGCACUUCAGGCAAGUCGGCAGCAAGACCCCAGGUCACCCCGAAGCUCACGAUACCCCCGGCAUCGAAGUUACCACCGGUCCUCUUGGUCAGGGUGUCAGCAACGCCGUUGGUCUCGCCAUUGCCCAAGCACAGGCUGCUGCCACCUUCAACAAGCCCGGUUUCGAUCUUAUCAACAACCACACAUACGUCUUCCUCGGCGACGGUUGCUUGCAGGAAGGUGUCGCCGCCGAGGCUAUCUCCCUUGCCGGCCAUCUCCAGCUCGGAAACCUCAUUGCCGUCUACGAUGAUAACCACAUUACCAUCGACGGUGAUACUAACGUCUCCUUCACUGAAGAUGUUCUCGCCCGCUUCGAAUCCUACGGCUGGCACACACAGCACGUCAAGGACGGUGACAACGACCUCGAAGCUUUCGAGACCGCCCUUGCCAAUGCUAAAGCUGUCACCGACAAGCCAUCCGUCAUCAAGCUCACCACUAUCAUUGGUUACGGUUCCAAGUUACAAGGCACUCACAGCGUUCACGGCAGCCCGUUGAAGGCAGAUGAUGCUAAGGCAGUCAAAGAAAAAUUUGGAUUCGAUCCAGAAAAAUCCUUCGAUGUCGCUUCAGAGGUCUAUGCCGCAUACAAGGAGACCGCUGAUAAGGGUGCUGCCGCCGAGCAGGCCUGGAAUGAGCUAUUCGACAAGUACAAGCAGCAAUACACACUCGAAGCUGAGGAGCUAACCCGAAGAUUCGAGAAGAGACUGCCAGAGGGAUGGCAAAACUCCCUCCCAGUUUACAAGUCUGACGACCCUGCCGUCGCUUCUCGUAAACUCUCCGAGACCGUCCUCGCAAAGGUCAUCAAUACUCUCCCAGAGCUCAUCGGUGGAUCUGCCGAUUUGACCGGAUCUAACUUGACCAUCUGGAAGGGAGCUGUUGACUUCCAACCCCCAAGCACCAAGAUUGGCGACUACUCUGGUAGAUAUAUCCGAUAUGGUGUCAGAGAGCACGGUAUGGGUGCUAUCAUGAAUGGUAUUGCUGCAUAUGGCCUUCAUAUCCCAUAUGGUGGUACAUUCUUGAACUUUGUCUCAUAUGCCGCCGGUGCUGUCCGUCUAUCCGCUCUUUCCCAGCAUCAAGUCAUCUGGGUUGCCACUCACGACUCCAUUGGUCUUGGUGAGGACGGUCCUACCCAUCAACCUAUUGAGACUGUCGCCCACUUGCGUGCGAUCCCCAACCUCCAGGUCUGGCGUCCAGCCGACGGUAACGAGACCUCCGCUGCCUACUACGUCGCUCUUACCAGCCGCCACACACCAUCCGUCCUCUGCUUGAGCAGACAGAACCUCCCACAACUCGAGAACAGCACAAUCGAGCACGCCAUCAAGGGAGGUUAUGUCGUCCACGAGGAGAAGGGAGCCGAUGUUACACUCGUCAGCACUGGUUCUGAAGUCGGUAUCUGUGUUGAUGCCAUCAAGACCCUCGCCGCUGAGGGAAUCAAGGCUCGUGUUGUAUCUUUGCCAUGUUGGGAGGUCUUCGAUACCCAGGAUAAGGAGUAUCGUCUCUCCGUUCUUCCCGACGGCAUUCCAAUCUUGUCGGUUGAAGUUUACACUACUCUUGGAUGGGAGAAAUACUCUCAUGAACAAUUCGGUCUCAACAGAUUCGGUGCUUCCGGACCAUACAAGGAUAUUUACAAGAAGUUUGAGUUCACACCUGAGGGCAUUGCCAAGCGUGCGAAGGCCACCAUUGAUUUCUGGAAGGAAGUCACACCGAUCAGGUCGCCCAUUAACAGGGCUUUUACACAGUUGAUUUAA